GUUCUACACGCCGAAAACACGGCUCCACAAAUUGCCUGGAGUUUUCCGUCGGCAUGGUGCUCUGGCUGAAAAAGAUCUCGAAAUGUGGGAGUUGGAAGUGCUGCCGCAGCCGGAGGGAGGAAAAGGUGGCGGAGGCAGUGCUCCAGACGGAGAACGAAUUGUGGUUGGAGUACUACGGCCCGUAUCUGCACAUCUGGCCGUUUCACGAGCUCUGCGCCAGAUUGGAGACGAAUGUCUCCCAGGGUCUGACCUCCGUGGCGGCGGGGCAGAAGCUGGUCCGGAACGGGAAGAACGUCCUGCCACUUCCCCUCAAGCAGGACGUGGGCUUCUGGAAGUUCGUGAAGAACUGCUUCAGCGUUUUGGGCAUCGUCGUACUCCUGUGCUCCAUCGCCUGCUUUGCCGUAUACUACAUAUUUGAAAUUAACUCGACGAUCCAUGGCCAAGUGGAUCCGGAGUUUCUGGUGGCGGGCAUAGUGCUGCUCGUUUUCUUCUUUCUCGCAGGAAUCGUGCUCCAUCUUCAGGGCGAUGACCACGAGGAAAUGGUCGUGGCCUUCGAUGAGCUGAUGCCCAUGUACUGCACGGUGAUACGGGACGGGGAAAAGGAGGUAGUUCUCACCCAGGACGUGGUAGUCGGCGACGUGGUGCCCAUCAGCUAUGGUCAGCGGCUUCCUGCCGAUUUGCGGUUCUUCAGCUCCUCGGGCCUGGAGCUCAACAACGUGGCGCUGACAGGACAUUCGAAACCUGUGCAAAUCACUCCUCUGGCGAACGAGGGACGCCAGCGGUACUCCCGAGUUGAGUACAUAAAGGACGCCUAAGCUUGUGUUCUGUUGGAGUCUCCUCUUUAACUAAAUUUGGAGUUCUUGAAUUUCUACUUAUUUAUUAUAUAACAACUAAACGAGGAAAGGCAUUAUAAUAAAAUUAAUAGGAAACAUA